UAUGAGCAACUACAUAAUGCCUAAUUAUUAUCUGAAAGUGUUUUAUGUACUUGUGCUGCUCUUGUUACCUGCUGCAGGAUCCAUUCUCGGAUUCAACAGUACUGCACAAAUAAAGUGCAUUGACAGGGAGAGACAAGCACUCCUUAACUUCAAACAUGGCCUGAUCGAUUUCUUUGACAUGCUGUCAACAUGGAGAGACGACGACAACAGUCGAGAUUGUUGCAAGUGGAAAGGCAUUCAAUGCGACCCUCAAACAGGUCAUGUAACCGUCCUUCGUCUCCGUGGUGGUUCCUUUCCACAAUAUUUGACAGGUACAGUGAAUAUCACUUCAUUGCUUGCCUUGCAAAAUAUUCAACAUUUGGAUCUCAGCAGCAAUCGUUUUUUAUGGAGUCACAUCCCAGAACUCAUGGGCUCACUUACCAACUUAAGAUAUCUCAAUCUCUCCUAUUCUUAUUUUUGUGGUAACAUUCCUACCCAACUUGGAAGCCUUACACAUUUAUUGUCUCUGGAUUUAAGUCACAAUUAUCUUCUCCGUGGAGAUAUCCCUUAUAAACUUGGAAGCCUUACAAAUUUAAGGUAUCUUGAUCUCAGUUAUAAUAAUCUUGAUGGGAAAAUCCCUUCUCAAAUUGGAAAUUUGUCACAGUUGAAAUACCUUGAUCUUAGUGAAAAUUCCUUUUCUAGAACAUUGUCUUUCCAGGUUGGCAAUUUUCCUUCCUUGGACACUCUUAGACUUGCUGGUGAUUUUGAUGUCAAAGCUAAGGAUGCAAAGUGGUUGUCUAAUCUCGGUUCCCUAACACAUCUUGCCUUCAAUGGUAUACAUAACGCUGAAGCGUUGCAGAUGAUUCAUAGUCCAAAGCUAAGAGAGUUGAGACUAGUUGAUUGUUCUCUUUCAGAUACCCAUAUUCAUUCUCUGUUUUAUUCACGUUCCAACUUUUCCAAUUCUCUUACCAUCCUUGAUCUUUCUUCUAAUAUGCUGACAUCCUCAACAUUUCAAUUAUUGUCUAACUUUAGCCUUAAUCUUCAAGAGCUUUAUCUUUCUCAGAAUAACAUUGUUUUGUCAUCUCCAGUCCACUCAACCUUUCCUUCUCUUGUGAUCCUUGAUCUUUCCUAUAAUAAGAUGACAUCAUCGGUCUUUCAAUGUAUCUUCAAUUUCAGUUCAAAACUUCAAAAUCUUUAUUUGCGAAAUUGUAGUCUUAGGGAUGAUAGUUUUCUCAUGUCAGCUAUUUCAAUUACGAAUUCCUCGUCUUCUCUUGUCUCGCUUGAUCUCUCCUCAAAUCUCUUGAAAUCAUCAUCCAUAUUUUACUGGUUCUUCAACUGCACUACCAAUCUUCGUACACUUGAACUUAAUGACAACAUGUUGGAAGGUCCCAUUCCAGAUGGAUUUGGGAAAGAAAUGAACUCUCUUGAAGUUCUUAGCCUCUUUCGGAACAAACUGCAAGGCGAGAUUCCAUCUUUCUUUGGGAACAUGUGCACAUUGCAGAGUUUAGACCUCUCAAACAACAAGUUGAGUGGGAACAUUUCUAGCUUCAUUCAAAAUUCUUCAUGGUGCAACAAACAAGUGUUUCAGAGUUUGUUUUUAUCUGAUAACCAGAUUACCGGCAUUCUACCUAUGAGCAUUGCAUUGCUAUCUGAGUUGGAGAUCUUGCUUUUGGAUGGAAAUUGUUUGGAGGGUGAUGUCACUGAAUCCCAUCUUUCAAAAUUUUCCAAAUUAAGGCUCUUAUCUUUGUCAGAUAACUCCUUAUCUCUAAAAAUAGUCCCUAACUGGGUUCCUCCUUUUCAAAUAAUAAGCUUGGAACUAAGAUCUUGCAAGUUGGGUCCUAGCUUUCCUAGUUGGCUCCAGACUCAACGCUCUUUACUUUAUCUGGAUAUUUCUGAGAAUAGGCUUAAUGGUUCAGUACCAAAAUGGUUUUGGAACAACUUGCAUAAUGUGGAAAGUUUGUAUAUGUCUCAGAAUAAUAUCAGUGGAGCAAUUCCUAAUAAUAUAUCAUUGAAGCUUUUCAAUAGACCGUCCAUAUUUCUGAAUUCAAAUAAUUUUGAAGGAAAAAUUCCGCAAUUUUUACUACAAGCUUCAGACCUAAGGCUUUCUGAUAAUAAAUUUUCAGAUUUGUUUUCAUUCGUAUGUGACCAACGAACAUAUGUAAUGGCCACCUUGGAUUUAUCAAACAAUCAAUUGAAGGGACAACUACCAGACUGUUGGAAAUCUGUACAUCAGUUAUUGUUUCUUGAUUUAAGCAACAAUAAAUUGUCAGGGAAGAUUCCUGUGUCCAUGGACAGCCUUGUUGAAUUGGAAGUCUUGGUUUUACGAAACAAUAACCUGACAGGUGAAUUAGCUUCCACUUUGAAGAAUUGCAGCAAUUUAAUUAUGUUGGAUGUGGCCGAAAAUAUGUUUUUUGGCCCAAUACCAUCAUGGAUAGGGGAAAAUAUGCAACAAUUGAUAAUAUUGAACAUGCGAGGGAAUCAUUUCUCUGGACAUUUUCCAAUUCAACUCUGUUAUUUGAAGCACAUUCAAUUCUUAGAUCUUUCGAGAAAUAUGUUAUCAAAAGGAAUUCCAUCAUGCUUAAAGAAUUUGACUGAUGACGGAAAAGAACAUCAACACAAGUGACACUCUAAAU